AUGCUCGUUAUCACAAAUCAGUCACAUUUGGGCAUUGACAAUUUUCUGCUGAACAACGACAAUGGCCAACAAUACUCCUAUUAUGAUACUCAGGACAAUUUUAACAGCAAUACGAAUAACAACCACAACAACAAUAACAAUAACAACAAUGAAAAUGCUAUUAGGAGCAAAAACAAUAACGAUAUGAUUACUGGCAAUGUCCUUAAAAUGAACUCAACUGAAUCUGGCACCCAUUCACCAUUGUCCAUUGACAAUAUUGAUGAAAUCAAUCAAAGCGCUGAACUGCAAUGUCUCCUACAAGAGCACAUUGAAACAUCAACCUUUGGAAAUACAAGCGACUUCUGCUUUACUCAGUUUGAUACAAUCCUUUGCUGGCCACGCACACCGCGUGGAACGCUUGCUGUUCUACCCUGCUUGGAUGAGCUUCAAGGAAUUCAAUAUGACAGUUCACGUAAAUAUACAUCAAAAAACUUCUCUAAGGAUGGUUCACCAAGACCUGAAAGUACUCGUCCACUUACAUCUUAUUAUGGCAAAGGGAAACGUGAAUCCUGUGUAUCGUCGGCAACUACAACUACAAUAAUUGGACAUAAUCCACCCAUGACACUGCAACGUGGCUCUAAUGGUGCAUUGCACAUGUUGCCAACUGCAACGACAUUGACUGUAAUGCCGCGUGCAAUAAGUCCACUGAUGAGGGGCGGACUGGAAGAAAAUUCGGUGUAAACAUUGCAAAUGCAUCUGAACGUCUUUCAAUAGAAAAUAUAAAUUUAGAAAUUUUAGAACCCAAAAAACUUGACAAAGAAAUUCUAUUUAUCUAUAAAUAUUUAGUAUAAAUAAAUGUUUAUAUAUAUAUGUGUAUAUGCAUAUAUAUGCAAACAUUGAACAGAAAGGAGCUUUAAUUCUCAUUUAGUCAAGAAGGACUUGUUAAGCAGAACAAAAGAAGAAAAAUUCGAUACUUCAAAACAAAGAAGGACUGCUGAAUUUAUUUAUAAAGUUUUAAUUUA